GAGCGGGCCCGGGCCCCUCGGCGGGGAGGAGGCGGCGGCGGAACGGCGGUUCCCGGGGAGGAUGGACCAGGCCCUGCUGCUCGUCCGCAACGAGGUGCCCGCCCAGGGCCUCCGCCUCGCCGCCCUCUCCGGCGCCUGCCACCAGUGCUUGUAUCAGUUCCUGGCCUUCGUCCCACCGAGCAAUGAGAGCCUGAAGAAAGCAGGCACGGCGGCAGUGAUGGUUGACACCCAGCAUCCACUCACCCUGCUGCUCAACAGCUCUGUGGGUGACAGAGAGCUCUGCAAGAUUCAGUAUCAUUUUGGAGAGUUUGGCAAUUAUUCCCUUGUGGUAAAGACCCUAAGCACAAGCACCAAAACUGUUUCUUGUGACCUAGUCAUCAAUGAAGGCCCUAUCAACAGCUACCUCCCUAUUCUCUUUGCAUUCCUGGUUUACAUGGGGAUCCUUGCUAUCCUGAUUGCCGGGCACCUUGUUAUGAAGAUCGAUCCAGUCAGAAACUGGGUUUACAAGAAACUGAACCCCAGAGAAACUGAUCGUCUGAUUAAUUCGGAGCUCGGGUCCCCGCACACAACAGACUCCGUUAGCAGCGAUCCCGCCCCACGUCUGUGGAGCACAGCUUCUCGGCAGCGCCUGCGUUCCCUGGACACCUUCCGAGGGCUCUCUCUGAUAAUUAUGGUGUUUGUUAACUACGGAGGAGGAAAAUACUGGUUCUUCAAACAUGAGAGUUGGAACGGAUUAACAGUUGCAGAUCUGGUGUUUCCCUGGUUUGUGUUCAUCAUGGGGACGUCGAUAUCGUUGUCACUGAGCUCCAUGCUGAAGUGGGGAAGUUCCAAGCGGAAGGUGCUUGGGAAAAUCCUCUGGAGGAGUUUUCUGCUAAUCCUGCUGGGAAUCAUCGUUGUGAACCCCAAUUACUGCCUUGGACCUUUGUCCUGGGAUAACCUGCGUAUUCCCGGGGUGCUACAGAGGCUGGGAUUCACGUACCUGGUGGUUGCUGCUCUGGAACUCCUCUUUACAAGAUCCGGGGCUGAGAGUGGGAUCUUGGAGACACCGUGUCCGGCUCUGCAGGAUAUUCUCCCCUACUGGCCACAGUGGAUUUUCAUUCUGACCUUAGAAGUGAUUUGGCUCUGCCUGACCUUUUUGUUACCGGUGCCAGGUUGUCCCAGGGGCUAUCUUGGUCCUGGGGGCAUUGGAGACUUUGGGAACUAUCCCAACUGCACCGGAGGAGCAGCUGGUUACAUUGAUCGUUUGCUUCUUGGAGAAAACCACAUCUAUCAGCAUCCCUCUUCAAACGUGAUUUACCAAACGACCAUGCCGUAUGAUCCUGAAGGGAUCCUGGGGACCAUAAAUACCAUUUUUAUGGCAUUUCUGGGACUGCAGGCAGGAAAAAUUAUCUUGUUCUACAAAGACCAGCACAAACAAAUUAUGAGUCGGUUCCUCAUAUGGAGCAUAGUCAUGGGAAUUAUUUCUGCUAUCUUGACAAAAUGUUCUAAAGAAGAAGGGUUUAUUCCCAUAAACAAGAACUUAUGGUCAAUAUCGUAUGUGACAACCAUGAGCUGCUUUGCCUUCAUCCUCUUACUGCUGAUCUAUUACCUUGUGGAUGUCAAGAGACUGUGGUCGGGUGCUCCAUUUUUCUAUCCAGGAAUGAACUCAAUCCUGGUCUACAUUGGACAUGAAGUGUUUGAAAAUUAUUUCCCUUUUAAGUGGAAGAUGCAAGACAGUCAAUCCCACGCAGAGCAUCUGACUCAAAACCUCACUGCGACGACUCUUUGGGUCAUAAUAUCGUAUUUACUUUACAGGAGAAGGAUAUUCUGGAAAAUCUGAUAGAGGUGGUUGAGGUGUAUGAGCCCUAAAUUCUGAUGGGGCAAGUGUGUAAGGUGGAUUAGCCUGAAAUAUGGCCACUCGUGCUAGGCUGUAUUACUAAAAAGGGAUACUGGUUCAAGUUUACAAUGUUGUGCAAGUUGUCAUCAAGACUUUUAUGUGACUUAAGGGACAGUAUUUUCCUAUUUAGCAAAAACUUACUAGUCUGCUGCGGUUUGCUCUCUUUCUGCUUUCUGUAUUUUGUAAAUAUUUUACUGAUCUCCCUCCUUCCUGUAGAGAAACUGAACAUAUUGCAACAGUUGGGCAGUCAAGGACAGCCUGACGGUGCUUACAAAAGGGAAUUGCAAGGGAUCUGGGUGGUGACUGAGAACGGGACUGUGGCAAGAGUCGUUGCACCUAACUGGCGUGGUCUGGGCUCUGUAUAUACCCUUGGCACCUGCUGCAUGCCUGUGCCACCCCGGCUACUGGCACACAGCUAACUUGGCCUUCUUUUUGACUGGGAGAGCACGGGCAGCAGCCUCACCCAGCCCUCGGGCCGGCAGUGCAGUGAGUGGCUGGGAAAGCUCAAGGGCACCUCCGUGCUGCGGAAAGCGGGUGGCUCAACUCACCCUUCUGCGUUGUGUUCUUCCAAUUGGGCCUCGGAUCAAAACCUUAGGUGCAGGAUCCUCCUGAAGCCUGCUUCUGAAAAUCUCUUCCGUCGGCUUAUUAAUGGGCGUGCUGCUGCUACAGGUUCAGCAGCCCCUCUUGUGCACAUUCUGGGCCUUUGUGUUACAUCCUUGUCGCGUGGAUGAGGUCCACGUUUCAUGUGCUGCAUUUCAAGAGUGCAGAAAGGCCAGUUCCUACUGAGUCUGUAUGAUCAACAAAGUUCAAUCAAAACAAUCCUUUUUAUAAAUGGAUCUACAAAAGGACCCCGAAUCUGAAAACCAGCAACACAGGUAGAAUUCAGCCAUAAAGGAAGAGUGAGUGGACCAAUUAAUAAUUCUGGAAAACUCAGGAAAUUCACUCAUGUUGUGAUUUAGGAAAUUCACUCAUGUUGUGAUUUCCAAACUAGCACUAAUAAAAAGCCUGGAAAUA